UUAGCCUAUUAUUUCAUCUGAUACCCUGCUAUCUACCUUUGGAUACUCUAAUAAUGAGGGAAACUUAAAACGUAUUUAGACACUGCCCAAUAAUCAAAAGUGUUGAUGAAUAUUGUGAUCUGAUGUGAAAUAACCAAUCUGAAAAAAGUUCUCUUUUUACAAUGACAUUACGCACGAAGUAACUGGACAAAAACGAGAUUUACACCGGGAAUAUGUGUACCUAUGGAGAUGAGCUACAUCUUAAAGAACACGCCCUGAUAGAUGAAGUACAGAUAUAGGACCUAUGGGAGAAAAGGAGCCUAAGAUCGUCUUCUGCAGCUUGUGUCACUUUCUAUGAAGCCAGUUACCUGAGACGCGUAACCUGUCCAACGCAUGGUGAACCCACGCCACCGGGAGACUCUUAUAAGGAUAUACUUUCGCCUCUGUGACGGAACUUAACAUUAUUCACACGGACACGGUAUUUAUUUGGGCAAAUUUAAGGAUUUUCCGCCACCUGUGAGCAUUCGGUGUUCGCACACCACUACCAACUUCCCCCCAGUGUUCACGGCAAGCAGGGGGAACACCAUGAGUAGAAAGACGCGCCGUUGGAUUUUCCACAUUUUUCUCUGUUUGGGGAUUGUCUAUUUGAAAAUUGGGGGCUUUUCGUCUGUGGUUGCUCUGGGGGCAAGUAUUAUCUGUAACAAAAUUCCCGGUUUGGCCCCUCGUCAAAGGACGAUCUGUCAAAGCCGACCCAACGCUAUCAUCGUCAUCGGAGAAGGGGCACAAAUGGGAAUCAACGAGUGCCAGUUUCAGUUCAAGAAUGGACGGUGGAACUGCUCGGCCCUUGGAGAAAGGACGGUCUUUGGAAAAGAAUUGAAAGUGGGCAGCAAAGAGGCGGCCUUCACCUACGCCAUUAUCUCGGCCGGGGUGGCGCACGCCAUCACGGCGGCGUGCACGCAGGGCAACCUGAGCGGCUGCGGCUGUGACAAGGAGAAGCAGGGCUUCUACAACCAGGAGGCGGGCUGGAAGUGGGGCGGCUGCUCGGCCGACAUUCGCUACGGCCUGGGCUUCAGCAAGGAGUUCGUGGACGCGCGCGAGAUACGGCAGAACCCACGCACGCUCAUGAACCUGCACAACAACGAGGUCGGCAGAAAGAUCCUGGAGAAGAACAUGCGCCUGGAGUGCAAGUGCCACGGCGUGUCGGGCUCCUGCACCACCAAGACCUGCUGGACCACGCUGCCCAAGUUCCGGCAGCUGGGCUACGCGCUGAAGGAGCGCUACGCGCAGGCCGUGCACGUGGAGGCCAUCCGCGCCAGCCGCAACAAGCGCGCCAAGUUCCUCAAGGUCAAGAGCACCUUCCGCAAGCCGCUGGACACCGACCUGGUCUACAUCGACAAGUCGCCCAACUACUGCGAGGCCGACCCGGUCACGGGCAGCAUGGGCACGCAGGGCCGCAUGUGCAACAAGACGGCGCAGCAGCAGAGCACCAGCGGCGGCGGCGGCAACGGCUGCGACCUGAUGUGCUGCGGCCGCGGCUACAACACGCACCAGUACUCGCGCGUCUGGCAGUGCAACUGCAAGUUCCUCUGGUGCUGCUACGUCAAGUGCAACACCUGCAGCGAGCGGACAGAGGUGUACACCUGUAAAUAGCACCUGCCCCCCCUACACACACCUGGAAUAAUAAUAAUAGUGUUAUUGUUUGUUUGUUUGUUUGUUUUUGUUUGUUUGUUGCUGUUAAUAUUAAUGAUGGUAAUAUAAAUAUGAUGAGGAUAUAUUUAUUGGACUACUUAUUUAUACACGCGUGUGCAGACGUGUGUGGCGUGUGUACGUGCGUACGUGCAUGUGUGUGUGUGUCUGUGUGUGAGUGUGUGUGUAUGUGUGUGUGUGUGUGUGUAUCUGCAUAUCGUGGUGUGCGGAUCAGCACGUAAGGAUACGGAGGCCUCCAGCUUGAUGGUUGUGUGGGACAACUUUGGGAAACUGGAUCACUGUAAGGACAGGAUGGACUGGUCCCAAGGGUCAUUUAAUACACUGCAGAACGAGGAGUGCCUUUGACCACAGGGGGGGGUGACCUGGGUACGGUGGAGCCUGGUCACGAUGAUGAGGGUGACCGUGCGUGUGGACAUGGAGUGGAUUUUUACGCCCCCUGGUCUAAUUGUACAGGCAGUCCCUCUUGGAUGAUGAACUACUUUUUCAUGUUGUUUGUGUGUGAACGCAUCAUGGCUUCAGUUGCUCAUCGACAGACAUCCGGUCCGGUCCAAUCUCCAAUCUCAUUCAUUGUGUAUAUUUCUUUUGUGUUAAAAAAAAAGGAUUUGCUGUUUUCUGCUGUUUUAUUUCCAUUCAAGUUGAUGGACUUUUUACUUUGUCGCAUGAAUUUACUGAAACAACAAUGACAAUAUUUAACUUUGUUAUUUAGAGAAAAGAGACUAAUAUUAAUUUAUUUAAUGAGGAGACUACUGAUUUUUUUUUCAUUGUUUCAUCCACUAUGUUCAAAAAUGUUUCAGUGUUUCACAGACUGCUUCACAGCAUUCACGGUUACUCUCUGACUUGCAGGCAAUGCUGGUUUCUCAAUGUUGGACUGUACAAACUAGUGGAGCAUUCUUAAUGUGUCUUAAUAGC